GCUCGGGGACAGGAGAGAAAUAUAGUAUCAGACAAAUGCAAUAAUGUAACCGUAAUUAAUGAGGAGCGAUGAUGCAAAUAGGCAUAGAAUGUUAAAUUAAUAACAUCUUGACAAAUUCGUAAUAACCGUACCUAACGUGCGUCGUUAAGGAAAUAACUUGCAAGGUAAUAUGCUGAGAUGCUUUGUCAAUGUAUAUUGGCAAAAUACGCGUUUCAAUAAUGGCAUUUAUGCAAAGCAAGUGAUUGUUUUAAGAUUUACAACAAAACUGAUUGCCAUAGUUUUGUCUCUUAUUUUCGUUCCUUUUGAUUUAGGCGUUUGCAGCUAAGGUUGAUAGCACGUUAGCCGAGUUGUUAUUUACCAUUAUGGAUCGGGAGGCAUACCGUAACUGCUGCAGUUUGGUCAAAAUACCUAGACAAUCCUAUGAACAGUUUUGGUCUUCACAUUUUGUAGAUUACAUUGACAAUGAGCUGAGCUACUCAAAGUUUUUCAAAAAAUACUUGCUUCCAAAUCACCCGUGCAUGUUUUCGAGAAGGUUCACGCAGGAUUGGAAAUGUAGAAAACAGUGGGUGACUGGGGAAGGGAAGCCUAAUUUCCAGAAGCUACUGCAAGAAUUUGACGAGAUCCCUGUUCCUGUUGCAAACUGCAAUGCCAAGGAGUAUAAUGCAAAUCCUAAACAAGUCAUGCCUUUUAAAGAAUUUAUACACUACUGGAAGGAAUAUAUUCAGAAUGGUCACUCCUCGCCUAAAGGAUGUCUCUAUCUAAAAGACUGGCACAUGUCAAGGGACUUUCCAGAACACAACAUUUAUACAACACCAGUUUUCUUUUCUUCUGACUGGCUGAAUGAAUACUGGGAUACACUUGAAGUGGAUGAUUAUCGAUUUGUGUACAUGGGCCCUAAAGGUUCAUGGACUCCAUUCCAUGCUGAUGUAUUCCGCUCCUACAGUUGGUCUGCAAACAUCUGUGGCAGGAAGAAGUGGCUUCUUUAUCCCCCUGGUCAGGAAGAGUUUCUGCGAGACACUCAUGGAAACCUUCCGUAUGAUGUGACAUCAGCAGAGCUUCAGGACAGAGGUCUUUUUCCCCAAUAUGAGGAAGCCUGUCAACCUCUUGAGAUUAUUCAAGAGGCAGGCGAGAUCAUUUUUGUGCCCAGUGGGUGGCACCAUCAAGUUUAUAACCUGGAGGACACAAUUUCUAUUAAUCACAACUGGUUGAAUGGCUGCAACGUUGACAUCAUGUGGUUGUUCCUUCAAAAUGAACUGUCUUCUGUACAGAAAGAAAUAGAUGAGUGGAAAAACACAAUGGAUUCCUGGCAUCAGCACUGCCAGGUCAUCAUGAAGGCCUGCUCUGGUAUUGAUUAUGCUGAAUUUGCCUCGUUCUUAAAAAUAAUUUCUGACAACCGAAUGGCUUUCUUGAAUGCUUGCUCGUCAGGGGACCCUUCUAAUUACCCACGGCAGAUCUCAGAAAUGCUGAUCACACUCGGGCCUUAUCAUGCUGCUUUUGAUCUGCAGAGAGUGGCUCACGUGCUCGAAUGUUUACUCUGCAAUGAAGACUUUAAGAGACUGGAUCACUCAUCAAUGUCACUGCAGCCCGAGACUCUUUUACAACAAAUUCGAGACACCAUUCAGUCCACAAGAGGGCAGCAUCUACUGUAUCAGGAAUAAAAUGCCCCGUUUUUAUUUUCACCUGGAUUUAGCUUGAAUGUGCAGUGCCAUUUUUUAAAAAGAUAAUGAUAGAGUGUCAACGCACUUAUGUAUAGAGAUGUUUUGCAGUCUAAGAAAUGUUGCUUGUGAAUGUUUGGAUUUGGUUUUGCAGAAUACAAAUCAAGUUUAAAAAA